GAUGAACUUUCUCAACUACCUUAACUGAUAGCUAUCCCUGUGUCUCUUCUCUUAUUGGCUGAGGAUCCUCUAAACAAGAAAAUCUUUGAACCUGGUCGGAAACAUGACGAUAUUCAACUGGAUGCAAAACAAGCUCAUCGGAAAACAAGAGAAGAAGAUAUCCAACUCAAGCCCAGCUUUCCCUCAUAACGCUCGAAAAGAAGAGUUCGAUGACUGGCCUCAAACAUUGCUCGCUAUUGGGACGCUCGGGGACGAUAAAAUGAAGGAAGACGCAUCAAGAAAAGAACCAUCCACGAGCUCACAAGCAUCAAAAGACCUACCUGAAUUCAAGUCAGAAGAAGUCGACAAGCUGCGAAAAGAGCUAACCGAGCUACUAACGCGAAACCAGCUGAAACCUAGCACGGACGAUGAAUCGGAGCGAGGGAAAGAAGGGAGAGCCAGCCUCCUUUUAGACACUGAUGGGGCUGCUUGUGCAAAUAUCAAAGAAAAUUUGUCCAGCGGCGACGACGACGACUUUGAACCCUCAACCGACACAAAGAUCAUCUUAGCGAGAGUGAGGGACUUGCUGGCUGAUAACAUGAUAAGCGGAAGUAGGAAGACAUCGCUCAAACUCCUACUGAAGAAGAUGUUUGCGUGCCACGGCGGCUUUGUCCCGACUCCGAACAUCAAGGAUCCACUCCCUGAAUCAAGGAUGGAGAAGAUUUUGCGGGCACUGCUCCACAAGAAAAUAUACCCUCACGGCUCAGCGCAGCCAGUGAUGAAGAGGUUUAUGAACAGGCGGUCGGCGGUUAAGAGGUACUUGGAGAGCAAACCAGCGGAGAGACUCCGGGCAGAGGAAACGAAGGAGAAAGGAGAGGACUCAAAUAAAUGGGUGAAGACAGAUUCUGAGUAUAUUGUUCUCGAGAUCUAGGCACACCGGAAGUGCAUGGAUUCUGAUGAAGCAUUUGUUUUCAUUAAUUGAACCUCUGCCAUAGAGAAAAAUCAGGAAAAUACAGCAAUUAAUAUUGAGGAAUUCAAUGCUUGUCCAGACAACUCCAAUCAUAAAAUCUCAACAGAAGGAUUUUAACGAUUUUGGCGGGUUGCUCGUGAUCUCAGGAUGUCUAGAAGUGGAAUUUGUAUUAUUA